UGUGACGUCAUCCGGAACCCGACGAGGCGGGGCGGCGGACCGGGGCGGCCGGAGGGUCCUCGCGGGGCCGAGAUGAGCGAGGGCAGCGCGGGCGAGCCGGGCCGCGGGUCCAGCCGGCAGCGGGCCGUACACACAGAGAACAUGUCCCUGGGUUCUAGCUGCUUCUCUCCACCUGUGAACUUCCUUCAAGAGCUGCCAAGCUAUCGGUCAGUGGCACGCCGGAGGACAAACAUCCUCGCCCGGGACAAGCAGAGUGGCACCCUGCUAAAGCCGACCGACUCCUACAGUUCCCAGCUGGAUGGAGGAAUCCCAGAGAACCUCAACAGCCAGUCCAUCCGCAAGUAUGCGCUGAACAUCUCUGAGAAGCGGAGGCUGAGGGACAUUCAGGAAACCCAGAUGAAGUAUUUAUCCGAGUGGGACCAGUGGAAACGGUACAGCAGCAAGUCCUGGAAGAGGUUCCUAGAGAAAGCUCGUGAGAUGACCACCCACCUGGAGCUGUGGCGUAAGGACAUCCGCAGCAUUGAAGGGAAGUUUGGUACGGGCAUCCAGUCUUACUUCUCUUUCCUACGGUUCCUGGUGGUGCUGAACCUGGUGAUAUUCCUGAUCAUCUUCAUGCUGGUUUUGCUCCCGAUCUUACUCACCAAGUACAAGAUUACCAACAGCACUUUCGUGUUCAUUCCAUUCAAAGACAUGGAUAUUCAGUGCACAGUCUACCCAGUCAGUAGCUCUGGGCUCAUUUACUUUUAUAGUUACAUCAUAGACUUGUUGUCUGGCACAGGUUUCUUGGAGGAGACCAGCCUGUUUUAUGGCCACUACACCAUUGAUGGAGUGAAAUUUCAGAACUUCACGUAUGAUCUGCCCCUGGCUUACUUAGUUAGCACGAUUGCCUACCUGGCCCUGAGUCUGCUCUGGAUAGUGAAGAGGUCGGUGGAAGGGUUCAAAAUCAACCUGAUCCGGAGUGAGGAGCACUUCCAGAGUUACUGUAACAAGAUCUUCGCUGGCUGGGACUUCUGCAUCACCAACCGCAGCAUGGCCGAGCUGAAACACAGCAGCUUGCGGUAUGAGCUCCGAGCAGAUCUGGAGGAAGAGAGAAUCCGGCAGAAAAUAGCUGAAAGGACCUCAGAGGAAACCAUACGCAUUUACUCCCUGAGGCUGUUCUUGAACUGCAUUGUGCUCGCUGUGCUAGCGGCGUGCUUUUAUGCAAUCUACCUAGCCACUACCUUCUCACAGGAACACAUGAAAAAGGAAAUUGACAAGAUGGUUUUUGGGGAGAACCUCUUGAUAUUGUACCUCCCAUCCAUUGUGAUCACACUGGCCAAUUUCAUUACCCCAAUCAUCUUUGCCAGGAUCAUCCACUAUGAGGAUUACUCGCCAGGCUUUGAGAUCCGCCUGACAAUUCUUAGGUGCGUCUUUAUGCGGCUGGCCACCAUCUGUGUGCUGGUGUUCACGCUGGGCUCCAAGAUCACAUCCUGUGGUGACAGCACGUGUGAACUCUGUGGCUAUAACCAGAAACUCUACCCGUGCUGGGAGACACAGGUGGGACAGGAGAUGUACAAGCUGAUGAUCUUCGACUUCAUCAUCAUCCUGGCUGUGACACUGUUUGUGGAUUUCCCCAGGAAGCUCCUGGUGAACUACUGUGCCUCCUCGAAGCUGAUCCAGUGCUGGGGGCAGCAGGAGUUCGCUAUCCCAGACAACGUCCUGGGCAUCGUGUACGGACAGACCAUCUGCUGGAUCGGAGCCUUCUUCUCCCCGCUCCUCCCCGCAGUCGCCACCUUGAAAUUCAUUAUCAUCUUUUAUGUGAAAGAGUUGAGUCUUCUUUACACCUGCAGACCCUCCCCAAGGCAGUUCAGAGCAUCCAAUUCUAACUUCUUCUUCCUGCUGGUGUUGCUGAUUGGGCUGUGCUUAGCAAUAAUACCGCUAACAAUCAGCAUGUCUCGCAUCCCUUCCUCGAAAGCCUGCGGGCCAUUCACCAACUUCAACACCACCUGGGAGGUUAUCCCCCUGACUGUGAGCACCUUCCCUAGCUCCCUUCAGACCCUGAUCCAUGGCGUCACCUCGGAAGCCUUUGCAGUGCCUUUCUUCAUGAUCAUCUGCCUUGUCAUGUUCUACUUCAUCGCACUGGCUGGAGCACACAAGCGGGUGGUGGUCCAGCUCCGAGAGCAGCUGUUCCUGGAGAGUCGUGACAAGCGUUAUCUCAUCCAGAAACUAACAGAAGCUCAAAGGGAUGUGCGGAGCCAGCCGGUUUGAGCAUGAAGACACUGCCUGCAACUUCUCAGCAUGUGACUCUGACGAUGACCCUACAAGUCCACCUGGGUUUGAGUGGAAAUGUUAAAACAUAUUUUUCUAGACUUUAAGGCUUUAAGCAACCUAGCCAAGUGGGCUGACACCUGGAGAGCUGUGGCUCAGAUGGCCACCCAGGCUGACACCUGGAGAGCUGUGACUCAGACGGCCACCCAGGCUGGCACCUGGAGAGCCACAGCUGAGGAUUUCACCCAAACACUAACUUCUCAAGCAGCUCAGGCUUUGUAAUCGAACAGAGAGAGACUUUUAUUUAUUUUGUUUUUGUUUAGACUUUUGUAUUUUUUAAAGGUUUGUAUGUGUUGUUUUUUUCAAAGUAAAACUGAGUUCCCCUGUCUCCGAAGCUGGGUGGUUUCUUUGGAAGCCUUUCCAGGCUGAGUGAGUGCCCUCUCAAAUGUCAGUGGUGACUUAAAAUUAAACCUGGCUUCUUUUUUCAAACCAACAUGCAUCUUCAGGUGCUAAAGGCUGGGAACAGCUGAUCAGAAUGUGGAGAGACCAUCAUGGUAGCCUCUGCCACGUGCCCGGACCACACUUGAAUUUCCGCCCAUAUCAGUGUCAGCCCUCGAGCAGGGCACUGGGGCAGGUUGGAGCCCCGCUUCUCGACUCUCCAAGCCUUUUCUGCAGCCUUAUUCACUCCUCAAGGGAAAGUGAUCCUAGCUGACUGGUUAGUCCCAACCUUCUGUUUCCACCUGCUCUGAGAUUUGGUGACAGAAUUGGAGAAGGGUAAAACCUUGCAAGGUGGAUGGACAGUUCCUCUCUGUUUUCCAAAUGUCUCUUCCUUGCAUGGAGCUCUUCAUUCCUGAAGGACCCCACAUGUUUCAGAGCCAGGCUACAAUGUGCUGUUUGGCAUUGAAGCUGUGGCUGAGACUCAGGGGUUAUAUGUGUGAUUGCAGAUGUAGAUCCAUGGCCUAGCCUGUUCAUAAGAACAGCCCAUAAUACAAACACAGGUUGCGUUCUGAUUACUUAAAUACACGUUCCAAAGGGCUAGGUUUUGUUUGCCUGCACUUAAAACUUUGCAUGUGUGUACCUUUGUUUUUAUAAAACAUUACAAAAACGGAGUAUCUCUUAAGAUCUCCACUAUAGUAAAAACCAUAUUUAAUAAAUACCUCAUCACAUGCUUUCCCAACGCUGACCCUUUUAAUAGUGUCUAAUUCAAUCUGCUUCCACUUUAAAGUCUGUCAGAGUGCUGCAAGCCCUGUGACAGAUACUUUGAGUCUUCUACUGUUUUUUACUGCCUCCUAACCUUUUCUGACAUUUAAAAUUAGGUUCAUGUUUUAGAAAGCUGCCAAGAAGGAUUUCCCUCCUCCAACCACUGCCUUGUUUCUCAAAAAUGAUUGGCUUCUUGCUCUGGAAGCAAAGCAAACUUGUCAUGGCUAACACAUCUGUGUGUGUAUAAAGGGUUCCCCACUCUGUGUGUGUGUGUGUGUGUGUGUGUGUGUGUGUGUGUGUGUGUGUGUGUGUGUAUAGAUGGAACUCAUCCUCAAGCCCAACACAAUCAUUUCUUUGAUCUUCCAUGAAGUGGUAUUAACACAGGACAUUUUUGUGCCUGUGAGAAUGUGUUAUUUCCUAACCUUUUCUUGUAUUUGAAGAUCUAUAAAUUUUUAAACCUAACGGGAAUUUUGAAUAAACCAAAGUUCAUUCCAUCCUCAUUUUACAAAUUCUAAUUGUUGGCAUUUUUGCCUAGUGCCUUCAUAUAAUAUUCUUGUCCCUCACCGUGCUCCUGAAGAUUAUCUACCUUCCUGUUUGUACAGAUGGUGGAUAAAAUGAACAAUAUGCUGUUUUCUUUGUUAUAAAAUGGACAGCAAAAUAUGCCAACUGGUGUGUUAGUUUUAGUUAAUGCUGCUAAUGUGCAUACCUCUUACUUGAAUGUUUUGAUAACUUUAAUAACCAGGCAAUGUCAGUUUAGUUUUUAAACCAUACUGGCUCUCUAACAGAUGUGUUAAACUACUGAUUACACUGUGUCUUGAAAGUUUUAAAGUGUGUGUGUGUACUUGAACCCACAGAAGCACCUCGUCAAAAAUCAAGUGAUGAGGAAAAUUGCAAUACUCUGUAAAGUUGCUCUUUAUUUUUCACUGAAGUUAGAGGAAGUAGCAUUUUGACAUCUGAUGGAUAUGUUUGAUGAGUUUUAUCACUUCUUGGCUUUCCAGAAGCCAAAGAAAGGCAUGUCUAUGUGUUUGUGUUUAAAACUUCAAAGACAAAGAUAUUUUAAAUAUUUUAUAUCUUAGCACCAUAGAAAACAACUGUUAGUGUUUAUUUUAUUCUAUAAAUAUAUAAUAAACAUUGAAGUAGA